AUGCAACUUCGGUGGCCAGAGGCCCAAACGAUGCUAGCAAAGCUCUUCAACGAAAAAGAAGCCUCACCGGAGGACGUUGACCCAUCGGGGAAGACAUGGCUAGAGAAGUUAUUGCAAUAUCCAUGGAAGUUCGGCUCUAAAGAAGCACAAUUUGGGCUCUUCAAAUUGCUGGUGGAGUCUGGCGCAAAGCUGGAUACCGAUAUGUCGUAA